GAUGCUCAGCUGUGCUCCUGUCUUUUUGUCUGCAGGAUGAGGGAAUGUAAACUAACAGAGAGAUGUUGUGAAGAUCUGGCCUCUGUUCUUCAGUCUCAACACUCCAGUCUGAGAGAGCUGGAUCUGGGUUGCAAUAAUCUGGGGGAUUCAGGAGUGAAACUGCUGUCUGCAGCUCUGAGGGAUCCCAACUGUAAAUUAACAACACUGGGGAUGAAAUGGUGUGAACUAACAAAGAGAUGUUGUGAAGAUCUGGCCUCUGCUCUUCAGUCUCAACACUCCAGCCUGAGAGAGGUGGAUCUGAGUGACAAUAGCCUAGGGGAUUCAGGAGUGAAACUGUUGUCUGCAGCUCUGACGAAUCCCAACUGUAAAUUAACAGCACUGAGGAUGGAGAGCUGUAAACUAACAGAGAGAUGUUGUGAAGAUCUGGCCUCUGCUCUUCAGUCUCAACACUCCAGUCUGACAGAGCUGGAUCUGAGUCGCAAUAACCUGGGGGAUUCAGGAGUGAAACUGCUGUCUGCAGCUCUGAGGGAUCCCAACUGUAAAUUAACAACACUGAGGUCAGUGAACACUGGUGAUUUCUUUGUUUUUUAUUGUUUUAUUUAGGUAU